CCCCAACCCAAACGCACACUCGUAACUCCACAACCACACCAACUUCUCCACAUCUUCCUCCGCAACUCCUCCACAUCUCCAAACCCUUCAAUCGUCACCAUCCUCCUCCAUCUCAACACUGCACAGCCUCACGCCUCAUACAAAACCCACCCUCUACCUCCCAGGCUCCCACCACGUCAGCUCCGGCAUGACUCAACACCGCUGAACCGCACCUGUACGCACCUCACUCAACCUCACCUCACGCCCCCCGCCCCAGGCCAUGGACGAAGCCUCCACCCUCAUCGCUUCUCUGCACUCCAAACUGCGCGAGCUGGACCACAAAGUCCUGCUCUACCGCCGCGACAUGGCCGCCGAGUUCACCAAGCACUCCGACGCCCUCCUGCGCGACGUCUCCCCCGAUGUCGCCGCCUCCGUCACCGCCGCAGUGGCAGAGGGCAUGGGCGCCUACCCUUCGCUCGUCGACACCGUAGCCGCCACAGCGACGCCGGAGGUAUCAGAGACACCGCCUUCUACGAAUCCAGCGGGUGAGAUUGCACGGGAAGUAGGACGGCUGAAGGAGGAGGGCAAGUUGGCGCCGCCGCCACCGAUAGAUGUAGCUGGUGUGGCGGAUACAGAUGUGCCGCGGAGUCCGCACGCGAGGGAAGCCGAGUUUUUGGGUGUUUUUACACAGGGAUAUCUGCCGUUGCUAGAUAGCUCCGAUAAGCACGAGAGGCGGUCUAGUGGAGAUGGGACGCCCACGCUGAAGGCGGCACAGGACGCGGAGGCGGAUAAGAAGGCAGAGCUGGCGGCGGCGAGUCUGUCGGCAUCGUAUUCGCCACCCCCGAGGAAACCGGAGCCGCGGCGGCGGAAUACGGAUGAUUCGGGCGCGAUGUCUGAUCCUGAGAAUCCGGUGCGAAGGAGCGCGCUGAGAAGGAACUCGAGCUCGGGGAAGGUGAAUGGACUGCGCAGAGUUAGGUUUGAGUUUGCGGGCAAGGAGUUCCCGACGACGUCGAGUCCGAGUGUGGCUGAGACGACGAUGAUGCCUUCGGUGCUAGAUGCGAUGUCGAGCGAGGCCGAUGAGGGAGGGGAAGAACACGCGGAGAUAGAGCAGGUGGAGGAUGUGGAUGAGGAGAUUGCGCCGCGGCGGAUCUCGAGCUCGCAGGCUUUGAGAAUGCUGUCUCGUGGCCCUGUCGAGGAUGAUGGCACGAAGUGGGAUGAGGUGCGCGCACCGGCUGAUGGGUCUGCGUCUGUAUCUAUCGACGAUGCGGCAGCCGCGUUGUCAGAUGAAGAGGAUUUCAUCAGCAUUGCGCCGCGGCGGAUGUCGCCGCAGUCCCCCAAUGGAGCAUCGCCAAUUGCCAUUCCAGGGCCCGUGUCGCCAUCGACGUCACCACAUGUCUCGCAACUGCACGAAGACGUAUCUAACGUGUCUAUUGAGGAGGCAGAGGAAGAGAAGGACAUACUCUCCGAGAUGACGCCGCUGGCGCCUAUGCACUCAACCAGGAGCGUCAUGACGAAUAACACCACAUCGCCAGCAAUGCCCAUCGAUAUCUCCGGCGGCGCCAACCCCUCCAACACCCUCACGUCUCCUUCUCCACCGUCGAAAACCCCUGCGCCCACCACCACACAGCCUACAAGACCCCCCCUCGGCGCCACCACCGCGGCAUCCACAGCCGCUCCGCCCUCCCCAACAUCAACCCCCCACCUCGACUCCGACUCCGAAGACGACUUCUUUGCCUUCGACGACGCUCCGCCCUCAACACGCACUCGCCGCGCCAAACCACCACGCGCACAGUCCCCGGACUCGACGUCAAGCUCGAGUUCCGCCCCCGCUUCGCCUGAGCGUCCCGUUCCCGCCGCACUAUCAGCCUACGCCACGUCGCCCGCGCGGGCUAUCGUGACGCCGAAAGCACGCGCGACUUCCGCGCCUGAGGCAGGUGAUGUGGAUGCAGAUACUGGCGGAGGCAGAGGCGCAGGCGCAGAUAUUUCGUACGCUCCAGUAGUAGGCAGUUCCCUCCGCAACUCCUAUCAUCCUUUUGCGGAACCGAUAGUCAGCCCCGCGAUGCAUGAGGCGGCGCGGCGGAUGGGGGAGGUGAGCUCGUUUGUGGGGAGCUUGAGGGAUGGGAUGAGUGGGGCUAGGGGGGCGUCCUGGGGGGGGUCGGCAGGGGGGUGGGUUGAGGGUGGAGGGGCGAGGAGUUUUAGUGAGAGGUUGGCUAUGGAGGAGUGGGCGGAGGGGAGGGAGAAGGGGGAGUAGUAGGGGUGUGUGUGGAUUUAGUGAGUGAUUGAAUUCGUUGGGUGGCGUUUGGGUUUGGGGAUUUGGAAUUUGGGAGGAUGUUUGAAGUUGCUGAGUAUAGGGGGCGGGGGGUUAUAAUAUACAUAUGGGGAAUUGGCUGUAUAUGAGAUAGAUCGGGUACGGGGAUACUUAAUAUCAGUGGCACUAUCUGUAUCAGAGAUCCAUUAAUUAUAAUUUUAGUCAAGAUAAUACCUAGU